AUGGAAGAAGUCCAAGCUCUAAUUGAAUCAUGUUCAGCAUAUGGAAUGAUGCUAAUGACUGAAGCAAAUUAUGAUCUUCAACACAGAAAUCAUCAUCUUCAUCCUCCACUUAGGCUUCUGCAUGAUACUCUGAAUCAUGCAGGAGAGAAUAUCUUCCCUUGUCUGAGAAUGUUAUUGAGUGGUUCUUCACUGUCCAGGCCUUUUGGGUUUCUCUUCAUUUAUGGUCUCCAUGGAGGAGAGAAUCUUGGAGAGCUCAUGGAAUCUAUUUGCAGGUUCACUUCAAGGUUGGGAGAGAGCAUGAAGGGAUGCAAAGUGAUUAUGACUGAGUUAGGGUUGGGUGAUUCUCUCAUAAACUUUGUUCCUCGUAAUGCUUCUCUGUCAUGUAUUGAUGAUCUUUGGUGCAUCAAGAGACUUUCAGGUCACAGUGACCAAAAUGAUGAACUGCUCAUGAAGGGAGAGAUUGGGAAUGUGUUUGUGGAUCCCAGAGAGUUUUAG